UCCGCGGUAGGUGCCUCCCUCUUUCGUCUCUCAACACUCCUCUCUCUAAAAAGCAUCUAAAACAUUCAGAGAGGGUGGGAGAGAGAAAGAACCGCAGCAUUCCUCUUUUCUCUUUGCAACGACGCCGUCAGGGUUUUGAUUAAAAUGGCUGCUACAGCGACUGCGUCUUCCGUGGGUCCACGGUAUGCACCGGAGGACCCGACUCUCCCGAAACCAUGGAGAGGUUUGGUAGAUGGUAAAACCGGUUACCUUUAUUUUUGGAAUCCAGAGACCAAUGUUACUCAGUAUGAGAGGCCCACUCUGCCGAAGUCUGUUUCGUCACUACCCAUUACUUCUUCUGUUCAAGUUCACCAGUCUUCUCAUCGGGGGUAUAAUCCCUCGGUUAAGGAAGAUGAUAGGUAUGGAAGAGCCAACAAUGCUGGAUCAAAACCUGAUGCUGUAACCAGGAGUAUUAGCAAUAGUAAUCAGAAUGCAAGAGGUGCAGCAAUUCAAUCUGAAAAUGUCCCAAAUGGAACAGCCAAUGGACUCUCUGCUCGGGUAUAUGGAUCAUCAGCUGGAGGAAGUGGUUUGUCUGGAGAGGCUUAUCGCCGCCGCCAUGAAAUAACUGUCACUGGUGAUGAAGUGCCCUCUCCUCUAACAUCAUUCGAAGCUACUGGCUUUCCUUCUGAGAUUUUAAAAGAGGUACUCAAUGCAGGGUUUUCUGCCCCAACUCCAAUUCAGGCACAAUCAUGGCCGAUCGCAUUGCAAAGUAGAGAUAUAGUGGCCGUUGCCAAGACUGGUUCGGGUAAAACACUAGGUUACCUAAUUCCAGGCUUUAUCCAUCUCAAGCGCAGCUGUAAUGACCCUCGACUGGGUCCAACAGUGCUGGUACUGUCACCAACAAGAGAACUGGCAACACAGAUACAAGUUGAAGCUGUGAAGUUUGGAAAGUCAUCAAGAUUUUCCUGCACGUGCUUGUAUGGAGGAGCCCCAAAGGGUCCCCAGUUAAAAGAACUAGACAGAGGAGCAGAUAUUGUGGUUGCCACUCCUGGUCGCUUGAAUGACAUUCUUGAAAUGAGGAGAGUUAGCCUCAAUCAGGUUAAAUACCUUGUAUUAGAUGAGGCUGAUCACAUGUUGGACAUGGGAUUUGAACCCCAGAUACGAAAGAUUGUAAAGGAGGUGCCUGCUCGUCGCCAGACCCUCAUGUACACAGCAACUUGGCCAAAGGAAGUUAGAAAAAUUGCAGCAGAUCUUCUUGUCAAUCCUGUUCAGGUUAAUAUUGGCAACGUAGAUGAGCUUGUGGCAAACAAGUCAAUCACACAGUAUGUUGAAUUAUUGGCACCCUUAGAAAAGCAUAGACGGUUAGAGCAGAUAUUGCGGUCACAAGAAUCUGGAUCAAAGAUUAUUAUUUUUUGUUCAACCAAGAAGAUGUGUGACCAACUUGCUCGCAACCUAACUCGUCAAUUUGGAGCUGCUGCUAUUCAUGGUGACAAAUCUCAGAGCGAGAGGGAUUAUGUUCUGAGUCAGUUCCGAACUGGGAGGUCUCCAAUACUUGUAGCUACUGAUGUAGCUGCUCGAGGACUAGACAUUAAAGAUAUCAGAGUGGUUAUCAAUUAUGACUUCCCUACUGGAGUGGAAGAUUAUGUUCAUAGGAUUGGGAGAACUGGGAGGGCAGGGGCCACUGGAGUGGCCUACACAUUCUUUGGUGACCAGGAUGCAAAGCAUGCUUCAGAUCUCAUCAAAGUUCUGGAAGGAGCAAAUCAGCAGGUCCCUCCAGAGAUACGUGAUAUGGCUUCACGUGGUGGUGGGGGGAUGGGAAGGUUUAGACGAUGGGGCUCUGGCUCUGGUGGUCAUGAUGGGGGGCGCAGUGGACGCAGUGAUUUUGGUUAUGGUGGAAGAGGUAGUUGGGGAAUGUCCAACUCUUCUAGCAGACCAGAAAGAGGUGGAGGCCGUGGAAAUGACCAUGAGUCACGGGACAGGUAUGAUCGGGGAUACGGUGAUGGACAUGAUAAAGGCCACAAUCACAAUCGGAGCCCUGACAAGGGAUCAGGUUGGGGUGAUCGCAGUAAAGGUUGGAACCGUGAUAAAAGCCGUAGUCGGAGCCCGGACAGGCAUGACAGGGCUCCACCAGUGCGCAGUUUUCACCAGGCAAUGAUGGAAAAGGGUCGGGCUUCCAUCCCUGUUCAAAUUCAGCACGAGAGGUCUCGAUCACCUGGUGGUGGUGGUGGUGGUGGUAGCAGUUUUCACAAGGCAAUAAUGGAAAGGGGUCGGGCAUCCCCACCACGUCAAGUCCACCGUGAGAGGUCUCGAUCCCCUUAUCAUGGUAGUGGUGGGAGUUUCCACAAGGAAAUGAUCGAACAAAGUCGGUCAUCCUCUUACCAUGCCCUGCAGGAGCGGGGGAGAUCACCGAGCAGUGGACAUGAUAGAGGAUUUAAUGCUGGGCCUCGUUCUUAUGUUGGAGAAGAAGAGGAGGAAGGAAUGAUCCCAGCCGAUGAAGAUGGCAUGAUACCUCCUCCUUGAUGAUGGUUUUGCUGAUGCGGUCCGUUUUGUUUUGUUUUGUACGGUUCCUUUUGGUGCAGCUGCUGAGGGCCAGAGGAAUCGUAGCCAUAACAAGGGGAAUAAAGGUGGGUAGUUGAUUUUUGGUGGAUGUGCCCCUUAAUUCUGAACAAUGAAAAACUUUAACCGGAAGUCCCUUUCUCAGAGAUUCUGUUUAAAUGCAUGUAACAUAACAAGCUAUAAAUUUUAUAAUGUAUUUUCUGUAUAACUCUGCAACCAUAAUCCUUUUAGUUAAAUCCUCUUGAGCGUUUGGUGGAAAGUAUUUGAACAG